AUGGCUGCUCGUGACCCCGAGCCUCGUCCACUCCUGUUCAUCGUUCAGGAUUCGCAAUCUUUCCGCCGGCGGUCUUCCAAGAAAGCCGCCGCGGAGGCCAAGGCGAUCACGUCCCACGUGUCUAGUCGUUACCGAGGCUGGAGAAAAACGCACCACCAAAGCCUCGUCCUUGAUCCUACGACAAAUGCCAUUCUGACUUCAACCCCACCAAUUCACGCAGUUGGCUCCCUCCCUGUCCCUGUGAACGAUGUGGCCGAUCAAGAUCAAACCAGCGACCAGAGACUGCUCUCGGAAUAUCGCCAGAAACUGAUGGAAACCAGUGGUCGAUGGGUUUACGGGUCGUUCAAGCUGCAUCGUCUGCAGGCAGACAGGAGCGAGAGACUCAUACUCAUCGACGGCAGCAUCGUGCCUCCCCCUUCGAGACUCGGGAGCCAGACUCUGGAUCCCUUUGCGCCCGACAUGUUCAAGUAUGACCGCGAAUUACAAGCGAGUCUAUUUUACUACAUCAAGAUUAUUCGGCCGUUUGCCGUCCAUUUAUUACAAGGCUGGUCUUGGAUUGAUAAUCUGUCUCAGGUACAAUCGUCGCCGGUCCUGGCGUACGCAGUAGCCACGUUUGCUUCCGCUUUCCUGUCCGGCUCUCUUCGCGGAGGUCCUGGUGUCGUGCUGCCUCCGCCGGUGGAGAAGGGCCAACAGCCGCUGUGGGAGAUUCCGCCAUGGCUACGGUUACAAACGCAUUGUCUGGCGGAACUGAACGCGAUCCUGAGUGACCCGUCGUCCCGAAAUCUGGACGAGUCAUGCUACCAGGCCAUUUUGUUCUUGCUCCGACUUUCGAUUCUGUUCUCCGACGGCGAGGCGGGGAGAAUGCAUCUCAAAGCUCUGCAAAGAAUAUCUGGGAUUGUCGGGGUGGAAGGUGUCGACCUAGAAAAGGAGAUGGCAGUUAACAAAAUCAACCUCAUCAGUGCUUUCCUCCACAACUCAUCCGCCGUGCUGGUCAGAAAGCACCCACAUGGGGACUCAGGCCGGGUCCGGGAAGUGGUCGAACUGGACCGAAAGCUGUGGACCUGUGACCGCGAAUGGUACACCUUCUGUGCUGCGGUCAACGCACGAACCCUCACGUGGCGGUCUGAAAGCCCGAGUGCACGAUUGCUGCCGGACACGGCGGCUGCGAUUGCCAGGAUGGACCCCAAUAGCCAGGGCCAGGGCCAGGGCCUCAGGCCGAGCGAGGCGGUGGAACUGCAACGGUGCUACCAGAUUGCACUCUUUCUGUCGGUCUACCUCAACAACAUCAGCUUCAACACUUCGGCGGCAUGUGUUCGCUCCCAGGUGUUGGAUUUGCAGUCGAGACUGUCGAGAAUGGACAUGAUGGCCAUGACUCACGUGUGUCACUGCACCGUGUUCAACCUCCUGAUGGUGGGCGCCAUGGCGACGCGGGGGUUCCUGGAACGGAACUGGUUCGUUCGUCUCGUGGCCAUCCAUUAUACCGACGUGUUGUAUAUCGACCAAGUCUACCGAUUAAUUGCCGAGUUCAUUGACCCUCUACACAUGGUCUACGACGCCAUCGAAGAUACGUGGAAGGACGUCACCAGUUUCCGAUCACUCAUGUCCAUCAAGAUGGAGCCUCGGGUGUUGGCCAACGGCAACGACCGCCAUGUUGGUGACAUCGAUCCCGAGAUCGAGAACUUGAGGCCGAUGAAUUAUUCUCCUGAUUUGUCCAAACCAAUCAAGGUCGUUGAAGUUGAUGAUCUAGACGUUGAUUUGGGAUAG